AUAGAAGGGAGAGCAGGGUGAAUAUCCGCACCGACAGGCACCAGUGCUGCCAGUAUUUGUUUUUUUGGCACCAUCGACGUUGCACGGAGUCCCCUCUACCCAGCGCGCACACACCUGAGGCGACAUGAAACGGCCCCACACUCAGGGGACCGCGGGGGCAUAGACCCUCCUGCUGCACCGCACCACGGGCGGGCACCGCUGACCCCCGGUCCCCUCCACGUUCCCUGGGAGCACCGAGCCGAGGAGCGGCCCGAGCAGCCAGAGCAUCACCGCCCCACCCUGCCCCACCCUCAGCCUUUGCCCGCACCAAAAUGGCGGCGGCCCCUGAGGGCCGGGGCCGCGCGCGCUGGGCGGGGCUGCCCUCCCGGGCCGCGCCUGCGCGGGGCCGCGCGCGCCUCCACUUCCGGCUACCGGCGGCCGCUUCCGGCCCCCCGUUCCUUGGUAACAAUGGAGCAGAAAAUGGCCGCCUGAGCGGGCAGGAGGCGGCGCGGCGGCGGAGCGACACGGGCGGAGCGCGGAUAGCCGGCACCCAGCCCCGAGCGGCGCGGGCAGCGGCGCACCCACAGCCCGGGGGGCGGCGGCGGGCGGCGGCGGCGGGCGGUACUCUUCUACUCAUCAAGAUGGAAAGCUCAGAUUCUAGUGAUAAAGGAAGUAUUGAUCAAUCAGAAGCCCAACGUCAGAGCCAGCUGGAUCGGUUAGAUCGAGAAGAAGCUUUCUAUCAGUUUGUGAACAACCUGAGUGAAGAGGACUACAGGCUUAUGAGAGAUAACAAUUUGCUAGGAACACCAGGUGAAAUUACUGAAGAAGAGUUGCUGAGAAGGCUACACCAAGUUAAAGAAGGUCCGCCACAGCAAAACAGUGAUGAGAAUAGAGGUGCAGAGUCCGCAGAAGAUGUUUCAAAUGGAGAUUCUAUAAUAGACUGGCUUAAUUCAGUCCGACAGACUGGAAAUACAACACGAAGUGGGCAGCGAGGAAACCAGUCCUGGAGAGCAGUGAGCCGGACUAACCCAAAUAGCGGCGACUUCAGAUUCAGUUUGGAAAUAAAUGUCAACCGUAAUAAUGGGAACACGAAUCCAGAAACUGAGAAUGAGCCAUCUGUAGAGCCUUCCAAUGGGGAGGAUUUGGAAAACAGCCAAAGUGACUCUGAAAUUCCAAGGUCUGAAUCACCAUCUGUAAGGCAGCCUGGAUCAGAAAGGAGCAGUGCGGAGGAGCUGACAGCUGAGGAGGCUUCCCCUCCUAGAGGGCAGAGGAGAGCCAGGAGUAGGAGUCCAGAACAGCGGCGGACGCGGGCUAGGACUGAUAGAAGUAGGUCACCUAUUAAUGCAGUGAGUGAGGCCCCUCGCAGGUCUCAUCACAACACAUCAUCUCAAACACUUGACCACUCCUCAGCGAGCGAGGCUGAGGGCAGCUCUAGAACCAGGCAGCACGUGACGUUAAGGCAGCACACAGUGGGGACUGAGGUGCCAAGUGAAAAUGCAGUUCUGUUUUCCCCCCCUGAAACGAGGCCUGCUCCUCAAGCAGCAGGUUCUUCAGAAACCACCGGCACCAGUGAGUCCACGGCUCCUGGGCAGAGGCCUCCCACCAUAGUGCUUGACCUGCAGGUGAGAAGAGUUCGCCCGGGCGAGUACCGGCAGAGGGACAGCAUAGCCAACAGGACCCGCUCCCGGUCCCAGACCCCCAACAACACGGUCACCUACGAGAGCGAGCGCGGAGGCUUCCGGCGCACCUUCUCCCGCUCGGAGCGGGCUGGGGUGAGAACUUACGUCAGCACCAUUAGGAUUCCCAUCCGCAGGAUCUUAAACACGGGCCUGAGCGAGACCACGUCGGUCGCCAUCCAGACCAUGCUGAGGCAGAUCAUGACAGGCUUCGGGGAGCUCAGCUACUUCAUGUACAGCGAUAGCGAUGCAGAUUCCAGUGGGUCAACUCCCAGUCACAACGUGGAGACUUCUGAGCCGCAGAGCGGGGGCGCCUCGGGCAAUGAGAAUGCAGAUGUUAGCUCAGGGGAGGUGUACGAGGGUGGGCACGAGGCUAGCUCAACAUCUGGUGCCAGGCGGGAAGGCCGGAAUAUGAGGGGAUCGGUCACUUUUGAAGAAAGUGGUUCUCUACCAUUCCUUAGCCUUGCACAAUUUUUCCUACUCAACGAAGAUGACGAUGACCAACCAAGAGGACUCACCAAAGAACAAAUUGACAACCUAGCCAUGAGGAAUUUUGGUGAGAGCGACGCUCUGAAAACCUGCAGCGUGUGCAUCACAGAGUACACGGAGGGCAACAAGCUCCGCAAGCUGCCGUGCUCGCACGAGUACCACGUGCACUGCAUCGACCGCUGGCUGUCGGAGAACUCCACCUGCCCCAUCUGCCGCAGGGCAGUCCUUGCCUCUGGGAACAGAGAGAGCGUGGUCUAAAGCAGAGCUGAGUCAAUGGCCAGGCAGCUGGUGUGAUAGUGAUGGGCAAAGAAGUCACUUCCUUUAUGGCCACUUUUUGAGUGGUACCUCAGUGUAUAGUAAUGACUCGGAGUGAAUCUUCCCUCAUGAAAGCAUUUUCUCUGGAUUCAAGAUUUGGGAAUUGGAAAAUUUCUUUAAUUAGGUUUUUCGAGUUCUAGUCGGUUUGGGUGUUCAAUUUCACUUGUCCAAAGACAUCUCCCCAUUUCAAAAUAUUUUUUUCUUUGUGAAGAUAUUAAGUUCUUUCUCCUUCCCAGCCCUUGGCAUCCCAGUCCAAUAAACAAUUUGUCCUCAAGAUUGUGCUUCUGAGGAGUUAUUUGAGAAGUUAUCCCAGCUCAGUGUCCAUGAGUCAGAGGAAUUUUUGCAAGAAAUCCAACUCUCUGAAAAAAUAAUAUUAAUUUAAUUGCACAUUUGAGCAUACUUUUAAUUUUCCUCCUGGGUUAAUAUUGGACAUGUCUGUGUAAAUAACACUAAUGUUAGCCCUUUCCCCAUCACUAUGGCACGCUGUAGGAUGAGCUGUUAGCGUAAUUGGGAUAUUUAUCUUGUUGUGGAAAUAUAAGAAUUGCCUAUGCUUGUUUAAAUAAAGGAAAAAAAAAUCUGUUUUAAAA